AUGUCUGAAGUUCAGGGGACGCUGGAGUUUUCUGUAGAGCUGCACAAGUUCCACAAUGUGGAUCUCUUUCAAAGAGGGUUCUACCAGGUACGCGCCGGGCUGAAGGUCUCACCUCGAGUGCCCCACAGGUUGAUCGUGACGACGCUAGACAACACAGCAGAAUGCGGCCUCGGCGCGGCGGGGGUCCACGACGGCGCUGCGCUCAGCCGGAUAUUUCAGAUCCUUUACAGGAACGAGGAGAUUACGGUGAACGACCGUAUGAUCUUCAGAGUCCAUCUGCUGCUCGACGGAGAGCGGGUGGAGGAGGCCCUGAGCGAGCUGGACUUCCAGCUGAAGCUGGACCUUCAUUUCACCGACAAUGAGCAACAGCUGGCGGAGAUAGCGACCGUCCCGUUGAUCAGCAGUCGGACCCUCAGCCUCCACUUCCACCCGCGGACCGGCCUCCACCACCACGUCCCCGUCAUGUUCGACUACUUCCACCUGUCCGUCAUCUCCGUCUCCAUACACGCCUCACUGGUGGCCUUACACCAGCCGCUGAUCAGCUUUGCGCGGACAGGGAGGGGCUCUUGGCUGGGGAAGGGCUCGCCGGAGAGCCCGAGCGACCCGUCCGCCAUGUCGGUCGAGAACCUGGUGUUCGGCGCCGGCUACUGCAAGCCCCUGACCUCUGAGGGGAGCUUCUAUCUGCCCAGCGAGAACCGCCUGCAGAGAGCUCACACGUGGCACCGGCGGCUCUGUCGCCUCCUGCUGGUGGCGCACGGCGGCCUCCACGGCUACCACGCCGCGCUGAGGAAGGAAAUACCACAGCUGCAGCAGACGCCACUGGACUCAGACGUGCUGCCUGUAGACGAAACUCUGAGUCAGCUCACUGCAGAGUUACAGCUACAGGACGACCACGAGAAGGUGGCGGAGCAGAUCAACCGGGACGUGAGCCGGCUGUGCUCCCAGCUGGCCGCCCUGUGGAGCCACUUCCUGGAGGCCGCCGUCCUCAACCCCCACAUCCUGUCCUACCUGGCCCAGGAGCACCACACCCUGAGGGUGAGGAGGUUCUCAGAGGCGUACUUCUUCACCGAACACCCCAAAGAGAUGUCGAUGUCUUUUCAAGAGGAACUAAUCAGCAGACACGGCCAGAUAGCUGCAGAGGUGCGGAGCUCCGACUACUUGACGAAGAUGCCUCCUUUACCUGUCGAGUGCCUGGACAUCGAUGGAGACUGGAACAGCCUGCCCAUCAUCUUUGAGGACAGAUAUGUUCAGUCUCCUCAAACAGAAUGGAUGUCGCAUGUGCCGACCGCUGAAGGGCAGGCCCACUCAGAUCCCGGCAUCUCUCUGGUCAAUGGGAUUUUUCAAUGCGUCCAGGGAGCCAGAUCACCAGCAAUACACCCGGACCCCUCGGACAGUGACGACUGCAUGGACCUACCCACGUACGUCUCCCUCAUGGCGGAGCAGAGCAAGACCAGCACCGGCAUCAGAAGUACCCAGAGCCUCGUCCGUACCGAGGACGUCGCUGAACCCUCUCCGGCGGCGACGAAGCCCUUGAAGGGUCGAGAGGAAAAACAAGGCCGGGAUGAGGAGAGCUGUAAUCCAGACCCGAGGUACAUCGCAGAUAAACCUCGUGAUGUGGAUCCAUGUAGAGAAGAAGCGGUUCCUGUUCUCUCCUCAAUCCUCAAUCCCCUCAUUGAGUCUCCUGUUUGUGAUGCGGCGGAAAACACCAUCGGACCUUCUGAUGCCACGCAUGACAGCGACGCAACAGAAGGGGGAAACAACGAAGAGGAGUCCGAUAUCGCGAUGCCAUUAAAUCACUCCAUGGAUGAUGAGAUUGAGGAUGUCCCUCUCAUCGCCGCCUAUGCACAUCCCGGUGUACCUCCUUUCCCCAGUGAUCUCAGAAAAGAGGUGACUCAGCGCGGAGGCCUGGCCGGCUCCAAGAUCAUGAAGCGCUCUUCCUCGGUUAUUUCGGACUCGGGUAUCGAGAGCGAGCCCAGCAGCUCGGUGGCGUGGCCGCCGGAGGCCGCGUUGCGACGCCGACCCCCCCUCGGCUUCUCCAGCGAACUGGAGAUCCCAAAGCAAACGGUGUGUCGGCACCGGGUCCACCGCUGCUCUCUGGAAGGCCUGCAGAUGGAGAGCAAUGGCAGUGGAGGCAUACAGGCCUCUCUCACUUCCAUCAGCUCCCUGCCGUACGAGGAGGACAAGCAGCAGAGGCGGCUCAGUAAACUGACAAAGUCCGUUUCGGCACCGCAGAUAAGCAGCCCCGAAGACACCGAGGAGGACCGUGUGCUCGUGGACCAGGAAACAGAUACCGAGGGUUCAGCGCAACGCCAGGAUGCACUGAAGAUCGACGGCUCUUCUCUGAACGGCAACCUGGAUUCGGAGCGAUCCGAAUCGUCUUCGUCGGACCCGACCUCAACGCCAAAUCCGGGCCGUAUCCUCAAUGAGAAUAUUAGCUCGGAAAAGUCAAACCCGUCAAAGACACACAGAACCAAGUCGGCGUUAAGUGAUGUUUCUGAAGUGCUGCUUUUACAAGAGUCUGUGGCGAGCCUUCAUGCGAAGGGCAGCGCUGUUGUUGUAAGCCGGGGGGAGAAUACGAACCAUCAAACACACAUCGGUGGAGCGAGCGCCUCGGAGGAGGAGGGUGUGCGUCUCGACGAAACGGAAGCGGUGCCCCGGAGCUGUGGAAACAAACCAUGUGUGCAUAAAAGUGCAGAAGCGCAGGACAGAAUGAACUCUUUAGAUGAUUGCCGACGUUUCCGUCAGACUGAACGCUUUAGUGUUGAGGACCAGAAGUGUCCGGAUCCCUGCCGAUCACCUCCAGGGCUUCAGCACACCAGUACCAUCGCACAGAGGCCCAGUGAUCUCGCGGGGCUGAUUACCAAUGAUGCUGGGCCACCAGUUGACCUCAAUGGGAUCUCAGCCGGUGAGAAAGAGCCUCUGGACGGCCAGACUAAGCCCCCGAAGAUCCCCAACUCGGGGCUGGCCUUUGUGAAUAAGAAGAUGGUGGAGGUGGUGAACAUGUCGGUGUCCUGUGCCCCGACCUGCCUGCCCUUUUCUUCGGCGCUAAGAGACUCUCCGUCCAUCAGUGGAAUGUCUGCUCACCAGGCCACCUCGCCCAUCACCCAUCAGCCCCUGGGAUCCUUUGGUAUCAUCUCCUCGUCUUCGCUCAAUCCCUUGAACAUGGACGACGAGACCAACGAACGAAUGCUAAAUUUCUACAAAGCCAAAGACGAGCUGCUCAAAGAGUUGAGCUUUCGGGCCGCCCUUUACAGCGACCUUCCUCUCCUGGCAUCAGAUGUGCCCUACUUCCCCCCCGAGGAGGACGACGAGGAGUUCGACGACGGCAUACACCUCGUGGUGUGCGUCCACGGGCUCGACGGAAACAGCGCAGACCUUCGGCUGGUGAAGACAUUUAUUGAGUUGGGACUGCCGGGAUCCAGACUGGACUUCCUCAUGUCCGAAAGGAACCAGACCGACACGUUUUCAGAUUUCGACACCAUGACGGACAGGUUGCUGGAUGAGAUCAUUCAGCACGUCCAGCUGUACAACCUCACCAUCGGCCGGAUAAGCUUCAUCGGCCACUCUCUGGGGAACGUCAUCAUCCGCUCGGUGCUGACGAGGCCUCGCUUCCGCUGCUAUUUGCCCAAACUGCACACUUUCCUCUCGCUGUCCGGGCCACACUUGGGAACGCUGUACAACAACAGCACACUGGUCAGCACAGGUCUGUGGUUAAUGCAGAAGCUGAAGAAGUCGGGAUCCUUGCUGCAGCUCACCUUCAGAGACCACGUCGAUCCACGGAAAACCUUCCUCUAUCUCCUGAGUCAGAAACAAGGGCUCCAGUUCUUCAAGAACGUGGUGCUGGUGGCUUCUCCGCAGGACCGAUACGUUCCUUUCCACUCUGCCAGAAUAGAGAUGUGCAGAACCGCUCUCAAAGACCAGACCACAGGGCCCGUUUACACCGAGAUGAUCAACAACCUUUUGCAGCCGCUCGCCGGGGCCAAAGAGUGCCGGCUGAUCCGCCAGAACGUGUUCCACGCUCUGCCCAACACGGCCAACACCUUGAUCGGCCGCGCGGCGCACAUCGCCGUCUUGGACUCUGAGCUCUUCCUGGAGAAGUUCUUUCUGGUGGCGGGACUCAACUACUUCAAGUAGAGGUGCUCAUACAGGAGCCGGCGGAUACGGCCCUACCUUCAGUCUGUACAGUAUAUUAUAUGUAUAUAAUAUCCAAGUGGCGAGGCCUGUAUAUCCCUUUUGUUAGGAUCGUUAGCAGCUGUUAGAAAAAAAUAAAAAAAGACCAGUGUAUUGUGACUGAAAUACUAACUCAGAAGUCUGAGUUUGACAUGUAGCCAUGCAAAAAAAAAAAAACGUCUUGACAUCAAUCACAGGAUUAAUUGUAGAUGUUUUUAUGGCCUUAUUAAUAACCGGCGUCAGCCAAAACGCUAACAGAUGCUAAUUGUUGUCGAAGGCAUUUAACUACUUUCCCUUUAUGGUUGGUUUAAAGGCUUCAGUCAGGCUGGUUGAUUGGAUUCUUCCACAAGGGUUACACCUCUCUGAACAGUCUUAAAAUGUACUCGGGAGCCGAGGCAAUAGCUGGGCAGCGUUUUGAUUGUACAUGAAGUAUUUUGUUGUACCAAAUCUGUUCCUUUCUACGAAAAUAAUUAAUUAAUUGUUUCAAAAUUAUUUAUUUUUUAGCCGCGUAUGUAUCUACGGUGUAAGUAGUCCAUCUAAAUGUGAUCUUUCGUUCAUUAAACAUAUCGAAUGAAAGUAUACACUGGCGGCAGGAGAAGUGUUACUCCGUGUAACCCCCAUAAUUUAUCCAACGCAUUGAUCCUGAUUAGCCACGUUUAUGGAGUCCCCACAAGGGAUGCCAAAUGGCUAUAGAUGCUUUGUUAGCUGUCACUUCUUAAAUAAUUGUUUGCACUAAUUGAUGGAAGGCAUUGAGUAAGUUCAUGAAUUGAGCGUUUGCCAAGUCCCGCCCUCCGUAGUCACGGUAUUGAUAUCAAAUACCACUAAAAGACAUUUAAGUAUAACAAUUUCCAUUUUGCUUUUUAAUUCAUGUGACAAGGGAGUCAGAAAAAAAAAUGGUCUUACUCAUAUAAUUAACAGCAAAAAAAUAACUUAAUUAUCAAUGACUGUACGGUGUAAUGACCACGUCUUUCUUAACGAGCCUUUUAAAAUUCAAGAUUAAAAUGGCCGACACAAGGAUGGAUUUCACGAGGCUCUUUUGAUACUCUUUAAAUCCAAAUGGCUUAAAUCAGGGUGUCAUUGACCCUCUGUCGAGCUCCGUCGUAGCAGACGCGCCCGACGCCAUAUCUCGAUCGUCUCAUCAGCUAUCGGACAACACGUAAGAUUUAUUUUCUCCUCCACGACAUUUGCCGUCGCAUUCAACCGUGACGCGAAAUAACGUGGUUUACCAGCCGACUGGGUGAGGACUGUUUCCCAUAAUCACCGAGGAGUCCAUCGAAUGAUGUUUACAUUUAGUCAUUAGAAUACCGCCAUCGUCGUCGACGCGUACGCCAGAAUCUCUUAUAUCCAGUGACGUAUCUGCUGCGUCUGUAUUGAUGUAUGUUCAGAGUAGCUAUAUUUAACCUUUUGCACUGGUUUGAUGGCAAGUGCACUUUAUUGACAACCUUGACUCAACCUCCACUAGCUUUAAAAAAAAAAGUCCAAACAGCAACGUUUCACACUGCUCCUUUUAGCUCUGAAGGUCUCCCCGGAGGGGUUGAGGGGGGGGGGGGGAGGGGGAGUGGCGGGGGGCUGUCCACCGUCUCAGCCAUUCAAGCAUUGUACCGUCUUCAGACUCAACAAAAGAGGACUUCUCAAAGUCCUCUUUUUUUGUUUUUGUUCCCGCCUCUCGGUAAGCGCCGGCGUCGCUGUGAUUGACUCUAAUCAAAUCGGCUCCUCCGGGACACGGAGGUUCACUCUCGGAAAAAAAGAAAAGAAAAAAAGCCACUAAGCAAAGCUGCGUAAGCGGUACCGUGGGAGCUGCCAUGCAUCAUGAAUCAUUCCUCACCCCCCCCCCACCCCCCCUUUCCACCCCCGAGAAGACGAACGCAUGCUGUAUAUGGAUGAGGCGUUAGCUUGUUUGCGUUUGGCGCCGCGCUUGUUUACCCGAAGGGGUCAGCCGGGAAUCGAUGGAAGUGUUUGCGGUAUUGAGAUUGGUGCCUUCAAGGGCAAAUGCGGCGUUGGAAUUGUUUCACGAGAUGGAUGAGUGUGUGUGUGGAAGGGUACUAGAUCACAAACAGUUGAACGUACGUUUAGCCGGACGCCACUCUGACAAAAUAUGUGCCAGAGAUCGUUAACUGCACAUUUAUUUACGCCGCCGUCGCGACUUGAGAGUGAAUUCAGAGGCGAUUCAUAAAUCCAAUAGAUUCAGUUUUCAAUUCAAUUCAGUUUAUUUAUAUAGCCCAAUUUCACAAAUUACAAAUUUGUCUCGGAGUGCUUUACAAUCUGUACACAUAGACAUCCCUGCCCCAAAACCUCACAUCGGACCAGGAGAAACUCCCAAAUAACCCUUCAGGGGGAAAAAAGUGAAGAAACCUUCAGGAGAGAACAGAGGAGGAUCCCUCUCCAGGAUGGACAGAACAAUAGAUGUCAUGUGUACAGAAGGACAGAUUUAGAGUUAAAAUACAUUCAAUGAAUAUGACAGAGAGUAUGAAUAGUUCAUAGUUCUAUAGUUCAUAGAUCUGUGCUGUCAACCUUCAAAACGAGCUGACUUGAACCUUUUUUUCCGUAUGUGAUUAUUCUUUACUGCUCGUUGCUAGAACAUCUUUCAUGUGUUUGAACCGAAUGUCCAAAAUGUUUACCGUCACUGUGAGGAUCACGUACUUCUUCAUUGUGAAUGUAUACCAUGUAAAGUACAGUAAAUACUUCAUCUGUGCCAAUGCUCUCAUAUUUUUCUAUGUUGCUGUACUGUACUGUAUGUAUCCUUAGUAGCUUGUGUUCCAUGUAAAAAUAUAAAUACAAAUAUAUAUAUAGAUAUAUAUAUAGCAUAGUAUUAUUGUAAACAGAUAUGAUGUUACAAUAAAACAUUUCCUUUUGCAUAAUUA